UCUGCGGCCGUGUUCCUGCUUAUGUUCUAAAAGAAACAGCAGGACCAACAACUUUUGCAAAGAGUCGUGCUUCUGAGGACGAAGUGUCUAGUGCUUUCAAGCUUUUUAUUGAUGAUGAUAUCUUGCUGCAUAUAAAGAAAUGUACAGAAUCCGAAGCUCAUCGGCAACUUGGAAAUAAAGACUGGAAGUUAUCUCUGGUUGAUGUUAGAUGCUUUUGUCACUAUGUUGUAUGUUUGAGGAAACUGGUAGAAGCUGUAGGAAGAGUGCAAGAACUUGAAAAUCAUCUUGCCACCACAAACCUUGAACUUCAGCAGUGCCAAGAGGCACUUCAAGAGAAACAGCUGUAUUUAGAUGAAGCUGUUUCUCAUCGGGAAGAGUUAGCCAAGCAGUUAAGAGAGUGUAGAGCUUCUUUGAAUGAAGCUAGAGAAAAUAUUGAUUUCCUACAAGCUGAGAGAUCUACUUUAGCUGAAGCAUUUCAGGAAACUGAACAGUCACUCUUAGCAGCUAAUUCGGAAAUGAUGAAAGAUAAGUCUAAAGUGAAUGAACUCAUGGAUCGUGCUCGAAAACUAUAUGCUAAAGUGCAGGAUAAAAAUUUGCAAGUGCAGCUUUUGCGGGCAGAAUUAGACAGGACUCAAGGAAAUUGUCGUGAUAUGUUGUUAAGUCAAGGAGCAGAAUUGACAAUGAUAUCCAUGCACCUAUCUCAAAUGUCUAUGAAUGUGCACACAUUACUUACAACUGCUGCAGACUUUGCUGCUAAUGAACUUGCUCUUCAGAAAGAGAUGCUGGAAGAAGUGAUGAUAGACCUUGAUAGUGAGGGAGAACGAAGCGAAUCUCCUGUGAAACAGAAUGGCAUUUUGAAUUCUGAUUCUCAAAUACCCAGUGCAGUUGCUUUCUCUCACACUAACUCUUUUUCAAACGAAAAACACUUAGAUACUCAUAAAUCUCUACCUGAUAUUUCAGCUUAUGAGCCAGGAAGCCCUUUGUAUUCCUCUGCUUCCAGUGAAAGUGAACGUCCAUUGUCUCUUGUACAAUCCAUGGUUCGUGCUUUUGAGCAGUCUACGAAAAAUGAUCCAAAAUCAUUAAAGCAAAUUGUGAUCAAAUCCUGUUCUGAACAAAAUUCAGAUUCUGUAAAAAGUUCAGUUGAGAACUUAAGUAGUAUCAAUGGUGAUUUAAGUCGUAUUAGUUCACCUAGUAAAGACAAUUCUCCUGUAGCUAACAGUGCUUUUAAGCCAAUAGGUAUGGCAACUGCAUUCCGUCCUGUACGUCAACAGAGUGUAGAAUCUGAUAUUCCUUUCUCAGAUCAUUUAAAUUCUGAAGAAGAAAAAAAGAUAUCCCUGGAAAUUCAACUGAAUCAGAUAGACAGUUUAGUGAAAAAAAUUGGCCGAGUGAUUGAACUUAUGCAAGGAAAAUUUUUAUCAAAAAUGAGAGUACUAAAUGAUGAAAAGAAUGCACUUCAGGAAGAACUAAGCACAUAUAAACAUAAGCAAUGUCAGCUACAGGCAGAACUGAAUAUUAAAAAUGACUUAAUUAAAAAUGCCAAGGAACAGACUGAAGAAUUAUUAACUCAGCUUCAACAAGUUAAAAAUUCACAUGCAGAAGAAAAAGAAAAAAUUUUGCAGAAAAAUAUAGAGCUGACAGAAAAAAUAAGCUGUUUAGAAGCAGUUAAUGCAGAACAAACAGAGCAAAUUAAAAACGAAGUUCAGCGAAUGAUGAGUAUACUAGUUGCUGAACCCAACUCUGAGUUCCUGUCAAAUGCUCAAGCUAUAUGUGAUAAACUGAAUCUGAAACAAGAAAUCGCUAAAUUAAAGGCUACAAUUUCACAAAAAGAAGUGAUAAUUCAACAGCUGGCUCAGAAAUUUAAGCGAGCCACCACUACUUUAGAAGAAGACCUGCGGAAAGCUGAGAAGGAAAUCAGAUUUCUAGAUAAUGUAAUUGGAAAAGUCUUUGUAGUUCUGCAGAGUAAUCCAGACUUAGCACAGAAUCAUGAAGCAUUUAGGAAUUUAAUGUCCCUUGCAAGUGGGAUGGCCAAAGUGCGGCUCGCAAGCCUGAUGCAGACAAUUUGUGCAGCUCGUGCAUAUAAGAUAUAUGUAUGAAAUAUGGUAAACUGAAACUAUUCAGUGCCCAGAAGGAAGUAAUUAAUUAGUUUAGACUCUUUUGACAAAGUUAUCAGGGUUUUCUUUCUAUUUAAAAAUCUCCUCCACUACUUCUGUAAUGAUGUAAAUAUGAACUUGUGGCUUUUAGAAAAUCUAGAUGUGGCUCUCGAACAUUCCUGAAUUGAAACGCUCGGCUCUUACUGACAUGAAGUUUGGCCAACCCUGACAUAUUUAAUUAGAUAUGAAGUAAUAAAGCGAGAUUUAUGUAUUAUAAUAUCUUUUAUUUUGAAUUUCUCUUUUCAGUUUUGGAUUAUUUUCAGACUAUUUCAUAUUGAUUUAAAAUUUUCAUAAUUCAUAAGACAAAAAAUUAUUUACUUAUUUUAAAUAUGUACUGAAAUGCUGUCAGAAGUUGUUUGUCACCUAUAGCAGAAGUGCCUGUGGUUGAAUGAAAAAGUGAUGUAUUUUGUGUAGUUUCCGUCCUGAGAAUAAAGUUAGAUAAAAGUGCCCUUGAUAGUUACCUAUCGUAUUUAACAUAUCUUAAUUUUCCAAAACUAGUGAAUGAAGUACAUCUUCUGAUAAAAUCUGUUUGGUGCUUAACAUUGCUAGCAUUUCGCUUAAAACAGUGUAAUUAUGGGGAAAUAACCAUGUAAAUUGUCCUUAGGAUCAGUGAUAUUCUUUACUUUAUGCCAAUGGUUUAAUUUUCUGCUUUGUUUUCUUAUAUCAAUUACAUUUUAAGGCUGUGAUUUUGUGAAAUAUCAAAGUCUAAAGUGCAUAGGUAAGUGAAAUUAUCUUUGAACACAUUAUUUUAAAUGUGUCAUAAAAUUAUAUUUGAUUUGAAUCUCAGUUAAAAGUAAUUUGAUAACGUACUUAAAAUUAACAAGUUGAAUUAAUUUUAUUUCAUAUAUGUUAAAUUAUAAAUGAUUUUAUUUACCUUGAUUGAUGUGGAUAUGAGGGAAGCUUGUGCAGUUACAACUCUGCAUUUAAUUCUCGGCCUUCCAUUUUUUUAAAAAAAGAAAAAUUGUGAGGCAAUAAAAAAUACAUCUACAAUUUAUUUAAUGUUCUAUAUUCAUUGAUAUCUUAUGAUCAGGCCAUCUAUUUAGCAGACUGUCUAGCAGUAAUGUUUUUCAAUGUUAUCUGAUAGUAUUUGAAAUAAUGUUGUAAAUAAUAUAAUUCUGAUAUUAAAGACUGAAUCACAUGCUAAAUCCUCUACUUUACAACAUGCUGUGUGUAUUUUAUACAGAAGAGCUUCAAUGCAGUUUUUGAAAGAAUUUCAUUUUCAUAUUUGAAGAACAAAUAUAUUUGUGAAUUCAUUUAUAUAUUCAUUUAUAAAAUUUGUAUGACUUUUUUAUAUAAACGGAAUUAUAUAUGUA